AUGACGCAUUGCAUCAUUGAUUGCAUGAUGAUGACUUAUAUAUCAUUGCCGACUACGACGAUCCCGACGACUACCGCUGGAUUACCGCGACACUGUACUCUCCGCCAUUACGACGACGACUAUACCGUCGCCACCGACGACGACGACCGUACCGUUGCUGACGUCGACUACGAUGACGACUGUACCGCCGCUGACUACGACGACGACUAUACCGUCGCCGCCGACGACGACCGUACCGUCGCUGACGUCGACUACGAUGACGACUGUACCUCCGCCAAUUACGACGACGACUAUACCGUCGCCGCCGACGACCGUACCGUCGCUGACGUCGACUACGAUGACGACUGUACCGCCGCCGACUACGACGACGACUAUACCGUCGCCGCCGACGACCGUACCGUCGCUGACGUCGACUACGAUGACGACUGUACCGCCGCCGACUACGACGACGACUAUACCGUCGCCGCCGACGACCGUACCGUCGCUGACGUCGACUACGAUGACGACUGUACCGCCGCCGACUACGACGACGACUAUACCGUCGCCGCCGACGACGACGACUGUACCGUCGCCGCCGACGACGACUGUACCGUCGUUGACGUCGACUACGAUGACCACUAUUCCGUCACCGACGACGUGGAGCCGAACUUAUUAUUCGGUCUCCCCUCGGGUGAUGUGCACUCACUACUGGACGAAGACUUGAUGAAUGAG